AUGCCCUCCACGUCAGACCCCAGCCGUGCCCAAUCUUCUACUCCCCCCGCCGCAACUAUGUCACCGCCAGCAACUCCACAGCCCACACCCAGCUGGGCGCAGAACAUCUUCGCCUCAAUCCGGGGGUUUUUUACCGUGGACAACGGCACGGCACAGAGCGAGGCAGAUGCUGUUGAAGGGUGGAUGGGGGUGCGGAAAGGCCGGGGGAGGUGCCGAUCUGUUGGGGAGGCGCAUUGA